AUGCAGGCCGAUUACUGGAAAUCUCAGCCAAAAAAAUUCUGCGAUUACUGCAAGUGCUGGAUAGCAGACAACAGACCUAGCAUUGAGUUUCAUGAAAGAGGAAAGAAUCAUAAAGAAAAUGUGGCAAAAAGAAUUAGUGAGAUUAAAAAGAAAAGCUUGGAAAAAGCAAAAGAAGAAGAAAACAUGUCAAAAGAAUUUGCAGCAAUGGAGGAGGCUGCAAUGAAAGCAUAUCAAGAGGAUUUGAAAAGGCUUGGAAUUAAGCCAGAUGAUGUAGGUCCCAGUUCGACACAGAGUAAAACACAGAGUAACACAGUGGAAACUAAAGGAAAAAAAGAAAAGAAAGAGAAGAAGGAGAAGAAAGAAAAGAAGGAAAAGAAAAAAAAGACACCUCAGGACACCUCAAAGCCACCAAAAAUUGAAAUGAAGGAGUGGGUGCAAGGAUUUUCUCCUGAAGGCUAUACAUAUUACUACAACACAAGAACAGGAGAAUCACAGUGGGAGAAACCUAAAGGAUUCCAAGGCAACUCUCAAAACUCACAAACGGCAGCGAAGUGGGUAGAAGGUGUCACUGAAGAUGGUCAUACCUAUUACUAUAACACAGAAACAGGAGUAUCCACAUGGGAGAAACCAGAUGGUUUUGUUUCAUCUUCAAAUGAAAAGAGUCAACGUGACAAGCAUUCUGAAGAGCUUGCAGAAACAGAUUCCAAAGCAUCUGAAUCAGACUCGGAAGAUAGUGAGAAUGAAGCACGGAGUUCAGAAACAAAUUUCAAGAGGAAAGGAGAUAAUGUUGAAGGAUCAGAGGAAGGGAAAAAAUCUCCCAAAGCUAAAAAGUUAAGUCCGUAUGGGAAAUGGCGAGAAGUUAAGCCAGAAGAAACUGUUGAUAAAGAGGAGAGUACGUCAGCUUCCCAAGAAACCUCCAGUGAUGCACCUAACAAGACCAACCCUUAUGGAAAAUGGAAAGCAAUUAAGGAAAAAGAAGAAGAAGAAGAAGAAGAACAACCAUGUGAAAAAGUGGACCUGGAGCUUCCUAGUACAGAGAGUGACAGUCUACCACCUCCAGUGCUAGAGGUUCCAGAAGAUGCGACAGUGAUAUUUAAAGAGAAGACAGUCACCUCCCUUGGAGACCUGACAGAAGGGGUGCCAACAUUCAAAAAGAGGAAAUUUGAAAAUGGAAAAUCUAGAAACUUAAGACAAAGACUAAGUGAUCAGUAAUACUUAACAAAUCAUUUUAGAUUCUGUUUAAGCUAGAGUGAAUCAAAAGUUUAAUAUUUUAAACAGGCUUUUAUAAAGAAAAUGUUGGAUAGAACUUAAGGAUUUAUAGGUAUUAAAACAUGUGAGUUGUAAUAUUUUUUUAUUUUAUUUUGAUGUGAUUGAUUUUGGAAUGGAGAUUUGUGUUAUAUUACUUAUGCAAUAUUGUAAAUACAUUUAUUUUUUAUUUUAACCAUGCCAUCUAAGUUCAAUUUGCUCUACGUAUGCUGUUUUAAAUACAUUGUGUAAGGUUUUUUACUCCUUUUCUAAGUAUGGGAGAAUGUAGUAAUCCUUAAUCUGGCAAAAAUUAUGCAGACCUUUUAUUUUUACAGAGGAACUGGAUCAAUGGCAUGUACUAGAGAGUAAAAUCAUCCCCCAAGAUUGUUUGUGUGGAGUAGUUUCCCAGCUAAUGAGUAAAAAUAUUGUGCUUCCUAACCUUUGGCUAAUCACUUGCAAAAGAGUAGGUGGUGAGAGUGCCAACAUUUCAAAUAGAUCUUUUGAA